AUGUUCCUGCCAUCCAUCAUCUUCAUGAAACUAUCUGACUUUGUUCCUGAUCACAUGACUUCCUGUCUCCCAGUCGCCAUAUCCUACACCGUAUUAUAUAAUCUUCUGGACUUUCCUGUCGGCGUCCUUCCCGUUACCGCGGUGACCAGAGAGGACGAGGAGGCGCUGAGGAGCUACGAGGGUCACCACCGGGACUUGUGGGACAAACUACUGAAGGAGGCGCUAGCGGACGGUGUGGGGCUCCCGGUGGCCGUGCAGUGUGUGACGCUCCCGUGGCAGGAAGAACGAUGUCUCCGUCUGAUGAAGGAGGUGGAGUCAGUGACAGGGAGGUGGAGCCAGUGAGGGCGAUGAUGAGGACUGUGGGCGGAGUUCUUCUG